UCUGCUCUUCAGACAAGGAGGUUAAAUUGUUCAAAUAGAGAAAAUGGCUGAUUCUGAAAUCACGUUGGAAAAUUUACCAAAACUUAAGGUAGCCGAAUUAAAGAAAGCUUGUAAAGAUCAAGGUUUACCUGUAUCUGGUACAAAGGCUGAAUUACUCACCAGGCUACAAGAAUCAUUACAAUUACAAGUUACAGAAGAAGAUGGAGUAGAUGAAGGAGAUGAUUCUGAACAAGAUAUUAAUUUAGAAGAUACACUUGAAGCAGAGGCAUCCAUUGAAGAAGAUAGUAAAGACAAUAUUUCUACAGAACCACCAAUCAAGAAAAUAGUCCUAGAUAAAGAUGAUUCAGGUGAACCCAAAUCAACUGAGGCUAAAAUUGUUAUAUCUAAAGGCCUGACAGAUGAAGAGAGGUUACAGAAAAGAGCUGCCAAGUUUGGAGUACAGUCGGAAGAUGCAAAAAAAAAAUCGAGAGCUGAAAGGUUUGGUAUUGUAGAUAAAAGCAGCAGUGGUGGUGGAAACAAGAUAGUCAGUACACCAGUUGCGGCAGAAGAUUUAGAUAAGUUAAAACAAAGAGCAGAGAGGUUUGGCGCUGUUGUUUCUAAUCAACUUUCUAAGUUGGAUGAAGAAGAAAAGAUAGCUAAAAGAAAGGAACGAUUUGGUGCCGUUUUAUCACCAACAACCAACAAAAAUAAUAAGAUAUCAGAUAUCAACUCCACUCUUAGUCCAGCUGAACAGGAGAAGAAAAGGAAAAGAGCUGAGAGGUUCGGUUUAACGACAUGAGAACAAACUACUUAAUCCCCAUCUUAACAUUGUUAAUAUCAUUUUUAUACCCCCACAUCUCUCUAUGUGGACGUAUAUUGUCGGCACCCCUGUCCGUCCGUCCGUCAACAUUUGCUUGUAAAUGCUCUAAAAUCUAGAUUUUUUGAUGGAAUCAAAUGAAAUUCGGUAUGUUUAUACAUAUUCAUAAAACGAAGAUCAAGUUUGAAUUUUCAGCCGAUUUUGAUGAAACUUAAAAUGGAUGUUAUUGGACUCCUACGUCAGUUUGAGGAGUUAUCGCCCUUUAACCUCUAUACAGUAAGUGCUUCUAUCAACAUCAAUUGCUCGUAAACACUCUUAAAACUAGAGUGUUUGAAGAAAUAAAAUGAAAUUCGGUAUGUGCAAAGUCCGAAUUUGAGCUAUUUCGACCGUUAGAAGCAGAGUUAUUGCCCUUGCCCCAGUUCCAAAUAUAUACUUUUGAACACCACAGAUCAGAAACAUCAAACAAUAAUCUAAAAUUGGCUCUCUAAUCUUUUUUGUGGAAAAAAGGUUGCAUUUCCUCUUCUCUCAUAAAAUGUUGUUUUUUCUAUUCUCUUUUAGAAACUAUUUGCUCUUGUAAAGCAUAUUUCUGAUUUUCAACAAAAAGAUUUUGAUUUUUCCUGUUCUACAAAUCUAAAAGAGAGAUUUUAAACUUGUAUAUAUUUCAUUCUCAUUUAGUCAAUAAAAAUUUCAAAAGAU